CUUAACCAUGCUUCUCAGUACCAGUGAGAACAUUCUAUUAUAAGGAAAAAGCAUCAGCCAGGAGAAUAAACAUCUUACAGCUUGAAUGUAAAAGUAUCAUGAUGAAGGCCAUUGACAGAAUGGUCGACUGCAUCAGCAAAGUCAUGCUUCACACAGUGAUAUCGUGUUGGCAGCCCUUUCUAGGUCUGGCUCUCAUCAUUGUUCUCACUGGGUCUACAAUGGGAUGUCCAGCCCGAUGCGAAUGUGCUGCACAGAACAAAUCCGUCACCUGCCAUCGCAAACGCUUGACUGUAAUCCCUGAGGGUAUUCCUAUUGAGACCAAAAUAUUAGACCUGAGCAAGAAUAAGCUGAAAAACAUCAAUCCGGAUGAGUUCUCAUCAUAUACCUUACUGGAAGUAAUAGAUCUUAGUGAAAAUAUAAUAACAAUCUUGGAACCUGGAUCUUUUAGUAAUCUUUUUAACUUGCGCUCCCUACGCCUCAGAAGUAAUCGCCUAAAACUCAUCCCCCUUGGCGUUUUUGCUGGACUGUCUAACUUGACAAUGCUGGACAUCAGCGAGAACAAAAUAGUCAUUUUGCUGGACUACACCUUUCAGGACUUACACAAUUUAAAGUCUCUUGAAGUGGGGGAUAAUGAUUUGGUUUACAUUUCACACCGAGCCUUCAGUGGACUGGUUGCACUUGAACAGCUAACCCUCGAGAAAUGUAACCUUACAGCAGUGCCAACAGAAGCACUGUCUCACCUUCACAAUCUCAUCCGUCUCCGGCUGUGCCACCUCCACAUCAAUGCCAUCCAUGCGUAUUCUUUUAAAAAGCUGUAUCGAUUGAGAUACCUGGAGAUUGAUCACUGGCCUCUGCUCGAUGUAUUGCCUGCCAACAGUCUUCAUGGUCUCAAUCUUACCUAUCUGUCCAUCACCAAUACAAACCUAUCUGCAAUACCUUAUGGGGCAUUCAAGCAUCUAAUUUACCUUGCAUACCUGAAUCUGUCCUACAACCCAAUCAGCAUUAUUGAAUCGGGCAUGUUGCAGGACUUAAUACGUCUUCAAGAACUGCACCUGGUUAGCGCACAGUUACUCACCAUUGAGCCUCGUUCCUUUAAGGGGCUGCAUAUCUUGCGGGUUUUAAAUGUGUCUCAUAACCUGUUGGACACUCUGGAGGAAAGCGUUUUCCAAUCUGUGAAAAGCAUCCAAGUGCUGUGUAUAGACCAUAACCCACUGGCAUGUGAUUGCCGGCUUCUGUGGAUCCUACAAAGGAAAAAGAUGCUGAGGUUUUCAGAAGAGCAGCCAAUUUGUGCCUCACCAGAAAACAUCAAAGGAAUGCGAUUUAAAGAUUUCAAUGACCUUUACCUGCCCAGCUACUUCACUUGCCAAAAGCCCCAAAUACGUGACAAAGGUCUACAGCAUAUAGUGAUCAAUGAAGGUCAAGUGGCCCAAUUGAUUUGCCGUGCUGAUGGUGACCCUCUCCCAGUUAUCUCCUGGCAGUCUCCUCACAGAAGGCUAAUCACCUUCAAGUCCAAUGGGAGGGCGACAGUGCUAGGAGAUGGUACACUGGAACUCAAGUUCACCCAGGUUCAGGAUAGUGGAGUCUACAUGUGCAUUGCAAGUAAUGCUGCUGGGAAUGACAGCUUCUCAGCAACGUUAGUUGUGAAGGGACUUUCUGAGAAUCUGCAUGGGAACAGGAGCUCUCUCUACAUGACUGAGGUAAAUGACACCCAAUCCAAUGGGACACAUGUGUUCAUGACAGUUUCACUGGACCUCAAGACUAUAUUGGUGUCCACGGCCAUGGGUUGCUUCACGUUCCUUGGCGUGGUGUUGUUCUGUUUCCUACUUCUCUUUGUGUGGAGUCGGGGGAAGGGCAAGCACAAGAACAACAUCGAUAUCGAAUACAUUCCUCGUAAGACUAACGGAGCCACAGCUGAUACCGAGCAAGGAGGCACAAGGAGGUUCAACAUGAAGAUGAUAUAGA